ACCGAAUACAAUGCCACUCUAUAUUGUGAAUAACAUUUAAGCAGCUGAUCGAAUUCUUGUGUUCAAAACAACAAAAGACAAAGCAUUUAAUUUCAUAGAUCUUUUCAGAUCGUUGCUAAAUUCAUCUAAGUCUCGAUCAGAUGGGCUGUCGCCGAUUUUCUGGAGGAGGACAUCACCCACACGGAGGUCCGCCUCCCCCUCGUCACCAUCACCACCAUCGUGGCAGACAUGGUGGUGGUAGACACUGUGGACACGGACCCCAGCACCAGCCUUUUCCACCACCCCAUCAUCGGCCCCAUGGACAUGGAAGCCACUUUUGGGAGGGAUACGGUCCACCUCCACCACCGCCCCACUAUCCACCACCAGGGGGAUAUCCGUAUGGUGGCCACUAUUGGCAGGGAUAUCCCCCUCCGCCACCACCUCCUCCUUCAUCACACUACCCCCCACCAUCUGGAUCUCCAGCAGGAGGGUGCCCGCAUUGUGGUUGCCCAGGAGGCGGUCCACCUCAAAAUGGAUCUCCCGGUACCGAAAGACCUCACAACGAAACCUCUAACGACGAUCAGCAUGGCAGCUCGCAAUCUCCAAUUCCCGGUGACGAAGUCCCUACUGAUGAAAUACCUGGAAAAAAUAAAUACGAAAUCAUUGAUCUUUAGACAAAAAACAAAGUAGAAAAUGUUUUAACAUCAACAUUAGAUUUUGUAAACUCAC